AUGUCAGGUCAAAUCAACGUAGAAACAACAGGGAUCAAUCUUGAGGAUUUAAGAAUACAAUUAUUUCAGUCGGCAUUGAAAUUAAACAAUCUAAAUUUGUAUCACGCUGGCAAAUGGUGUGCAGAAGCAUUGAAUGGUUUGAAGGAAAAGAAUCCCAUAACCUAUCCUAUUAUCCCUUUAGAUCCCGAAGACUUGGUUGACCAAGAUUCAUUUCUAUUAGCUAAGGCGUAUUUUAAUUGUAAUGAGUUUGAUAGGGCUGCAAAUGUGUUAAAGGAUUGCAAAGGUGGCGAUGCCAAGUUUCUCCGAUUGUACUCAAUGCUAAUAUCCGUAGACAAAAGGGCAUCGGAGGAGACAGACGGCUCGAUAAACAUUGGAUUGAUAAACGAUAUAAAUGAUGACGGAGGUUCAGAAACGAAGGAAGUAGUAAUCAACUCAUUAAAUUCCCAACUUUCAAAAAUUAUAUUAGAAUCAGAGAAUUUUUUGGCCCACCGGGAAAAUGCAUUCCUAUACUACCUAAAUGGAAUGAUAUACAAUAAAAAGAAAAAGUAUCAGUUGGCCCAGCAAAGUCUAAGUAGAUCAUUACAAUUGUUCCCUUAUAAUUGGUCUUGCUGGCAGGAACUUAUUGCUUCGCUAACAUCAUUUGAAGAAGCCAAUGAUUAUAUCAACAGAACCAAAAACAGCAACUCGUCCUUAUCGAAUAGCAUUAUGUUUCAAUUUUUUGAAGUUGUGAUUUUACAAGAAUUCUACCAUCAGCUGAAUACCCUAUUUGAUAAUCUCAGUAAUCUUGUUAGCUUAUUUCCAAACUUUGUCUUUCUAAAAAUCCAGCAAUUUCUCAUUUCAUAUCAUAAUCUCGACUAUUUCCAAGCGGAAGCUACUUUUGAUCAAAUCUUGCGACAGGAUCCGUUGCGAUUGGAUGAUUUAGAUACCUUUUCUAACAUGUUGUAUGUGAUGGAAAAAAGAUCAAAGUUGUCUUACUUGGCCCAAUAUGCUUCACAAAUAGAUAAAUUUCGUCCCGAAACGUGCUGCAUCUUAGCGAACUACUAUUCCAUGAAAUGUGAGCAUGAGAAAGCUAUAAUGUACUACAAACGUGCAUUAACAUUGAACAAAAACUGCCUUAGUGCGUGGACAUUAAUGGGCCACGAAUUUGUUGAAUUGAAGAAUAGCCAUGCAGCCAUUGAAUCGUAUCGUCGAGCAGUUGAUACCAACCCUAAAGACUUUCGUGCAUGGUAUGGAUUAGGUCAGGCUUAUGAAGUUUUGGAUAUGCAUUUAUACGCAUUGUACUAUUAUCAGCGUGCCACUAAUUUGCAACCAUUGGAUAAGCGUAUGUGGCAAGCCAUUGGAAAUUGCUAUGAAAAGAUUGAUCAGCUCGAAGAAGCACAAAAAUCAUUUGCGAAAGCACUUGCAAUUGGGAAAGUUGUUCACCUGGCGGGUGACAUGAACUACGACAACAAUAAGGAUCAUGAAGAACCUAGUUUCUCUGUUGAACCUCACAUUUGUUACCGUUUGGCUAUCAUUCUGGAAAAAUUAGGGAACCACAAGGAGACCUUCAAAUAUAUGAAGUUAUGCUUUGAACAGGAAUUUGAUUGGGGUAUAAGUGAUGAAACUUCGAAGGCAAGAUUAUGGCUUGCAAGGGAUGCUUUGAAUAAUUGGAAGUUUGAAGAGGCGUAUGAAUUGGCUAAAGAUUUGAAUCAUAGUAAUGCCCAUGAUAUUGAGGAUGCCAGAGCAAUAGCCCGUGAUGCCAGAAACAGAAUGAAAAACCAGCUACAUUGA